AUGCAGGAACGUGAUGCUCAUAAGCUACAAUCACUCGGAUGCAACCAACGAUCAAAACUCAGCAUCAUGUCCGACAUUUACGGUACCCAGAAUGACGUACUUUUGCAAAGUGGUCUAGCUGAUGCCUUGGAUGAGGACGAUUUUGACGUCAAGUUGGAAAGUCUCAAGACUGUGUGGGAACAGAGAGCACCAGGAUUUAAUGAGUGGUUCAGAAAGAAUCGGUCAGAAAAGUUUAAAGCUUCUCUUGUCCUGUCUUCAAGACAAAGCCUUGGAAUUGAAGGAAGAUUCUACACGAAUGGUCUUGAAUUGAAACAUAAAUUACAGAAGAAGAGGCUUAGAGAAGCACAAGUACCAAGGGAGGUUUCGCGUGUAACAGAGGAGCUACAGAAAUGGUCCGAGGAGUUUUAUGUAGAAGAAACAAGAGCAAUUCGUAACCUGGGGAAAUAUUUUCAAUAUUCCAGGUCGACCCGGUGAGAUGGAACCGUUGGGGGCCCGAGAGGCAGACACAACAUGUGAAUUCCUUUCGCCAAUUUGUGCCAAAGUCGUAUGAUUCAUUCAAGAAGCCAAGCUCCGCUGGUCAGAAAACCUCUCCUAAGUCAAAGAAAAGAAGAGCGGAAUUGCCUGAGGCUGAGCUAUUUGUUGACCGCGUAACUCCAAGCAAUGCGACUCCCAGUAAUUCUGCUGUAUCUCCCUUGCAUCUGGCAAAAGUAGGACACAGUUCACGUUGGCAGGUAAGGUUGAGUAAUUAUACUGCUAAAUAUCAGUACGGAAUGUAACAUUAAAGGGCAAAGUAAACAUUAAUAUUGGCUAUAUAAUCAUAUAGUUUAUACACAAAAGGUUGUGAACCUGAGGCGCCCAGCUAGAUAAGGUAUGUUAAUGCUUGCUAAAAUCUCAGAAAUAUUCCUUUGUUACAAUGUUUACUUUCCUUUAUAGGUGACUCAGUCGAGUUUAGCAAGACCGGUUGACAUUCUGAAUCCAGACAGAAUCACUGGCAACCAAUAUGAUCUUGUUCAUAGAGAUGACACCAAGCUUUGCCCCAAAGGCGUUCAGAGAUGCGAACAGUGCAGAGUGAAUUUCAACCAAGCAGACAAGAUUAUUGUAAAGAGUGUCGGGAUACGCGAGAGAAGGAGUAUGACCAAAAUUUUGCUUUCAAUGCAAUCACCGUUCCGUCAAGAACUAUCGGGUUUCUCCCAGCAGGUAGUAAAGACGCACUGA